GGCCUCCCAGUUCUCCUCCAACAUGACCGGCAUCAAGGAGAACGGCAAGCAGUCUAACAUUGCUCACUACCAAAUGAUGUCUCUGAGCUCCGACGUGAUGCCGCAGUACCGCCAGGAGGCGCCCAAAACGCCGCCGCACAUCCUCCUCCACUACUGUGCCUUCAAAGCCAUCUGGGACUGGGUGAUCCUCUGCCUCACCUUCUACACCGCCAUCAUGGUGCCGUACAACGUGGCGUUCAAGAACAAGACGUCUGAGGACGUCAGCCUUCUAGUGGUGGACUCCAUAGUGGACGUGAUUUUCUUCAUAGACAUCGUGCUAAACUUCCACACCACGUUCGUGGGACCCGGUGGUGAAGUGGUCAGUGACCCCAAGAUCAUACGCAUGAACUAUCUCAAGUCGUGGUUCGUUAUAGACCUGCUGUCGUGCCUCCCCUACGAUGUGUUCAACGCCUUUGACCACGAUGAAGAUGGUAUCGGCAGCCUGUUCAGCGCGUUGAAGGUAGUACGCCUGCUGCGACUGGGCCGCGUGGUGCGCAAGCUGGACCGCUACCUGGAGUACGGUGCCGCAAUGCUGAUCCUGCUGCUCUGCUUCUACAUGCUGGUGGCGCACUGGCUGGCCUGCAUCUGGUACAGCAUCGGCUUGUCAGACGCCGACAACGGCGUCACAUACAGCUGGCUCUGGAAGCUGGCCAACAUCACCCAGUCGCCGUACUCGUACGUCUGGUCCAACGAGACGAUGGCGCCGAUUCUGGUGAACGGGCCCUCUCGCAAGACCAUGUACGUGACGUCACUCUACUUCACCAUGACGUGCAUGACCAGCGUGGGAUUCGGCAACGUGGCGGCCGAGACAGACAACGAGAAAAUCUUCACCAUCUGCAUGAUGAUCAUUGCUGCGCUCCUGUACGCUACCAUCUUCGGCCACGUGACCACCAUCAUCCAGCAGAUGACGUCAGCCACGGCCAAGUAUCAUGAUAUGCUCAACAACGUGCGCGAGUUUAUGAAGCUGCACGAGGUACCGAAGGCGCUCUCGGAGCGGGUCAUGGACUAUGUGGUCAGCACGUGGGCCAUGACCAAGGGCAUUGACACGGACAAGGUAGAGAACGAGGUGCUCAACUACUGCCCGAAGGACAUGCGGGCCGACAUUUGCGUGCAUCUGAACCGCAAGGUCUUCAACGAGCACCCUGCGUUCCGGCUGGCGUCGGACGGCUGCCUGCGCGCGCUGGCCGUGCACUUCAACAUGUCGCACAGCGCGCCCGGCGACAUGCUCUUCCACACCGGCGAGAGCAUCGACACGCUCUGCUACAUCGUGUCUGGCUCGCUCGAGGUCAUCCAGGACGACGAGGUGGUCGCCAUUCUCGGUCAGGGGGACGUCUUUGGCGAUACGUUCUGGAAGGACCCGAGCGUGGGUCAGGCGGCGGCCAACGUGCGCGCGCUCACCUACUGCGACCUGCACACCAUCAAGCGGGACAAGCUGCUGGAGGUGCUCGACUUCUACCACGCCUUCGCCAACUCCUUCGCCAGGAAUCUGGUGCUCACCUACAACCUCCGACACCGAUUGAUCUUCCGGAAGGUGUCGGAUGUCAAGCGGGAGAAGGAGCUGGCCGAGCGCCGGAAGAACGAGCCGCCACCCGACAUCAGUCAGGACCACCUGGUCAGGAAGAUCUUCUCCAGAUUCAAAAAGUCCAGCGAGCGCACCAACAGCCAGUCGGGCCUCAGGGACGUGGAGGCCGGUGCCCGGAGCGAGGCCGAGCCGCUAGGUGGCGCUGCCGGCGACGCGACCAUCGUGGUCAGCGUCGUGGGCGACUCAGCGGCGACGGCGUCGUCCGGCGGCGGCGGCGGCAUCCUCACCUCGGUGAAGCUGCCCGGGGUCGGUGAGCAGCAGGCGGUUAGCAAGCGAGCGCGCACUCGCUGGGGCGCGCUGGGCGGCGGGUAG